GUAUCCCGUGCUCGGCCCGGUAAAUCGGAGAAUGAGAGAAGUUCGAUUCGCCUGCUCCGCUUCUCGUUCUCUCACCGGCCUCCCUUCUCCUUCGCCGCCGUCUCCCGACCCCGGCGGCGCAUCCUCCCCUUCCUCUCCUCCUCGCCGUUGAUUUGGUCUCGGGUACCAUGGCGAGAUUAGUGUCGACCGCCCUCGUCAGGGGUCUCAUGAGAUCCUCCCGUCCAUCAAGCGCAGCUGCUGUGUCACAACCCGCUAUCCAGAAGUUUAUGAACUACUCGUCAGGUCUUGGUGGUGCUCCUAAUGCAAUUGGGGACUCAACUACGACACGAGUAGCUGCUGAUCCUGAUACGCAUCAAGAUUUUCAGCCAACAAGCAAAAGUUCAGAAAUGUCUUUUGAUGACAUCGUUGCUCAGGAUAUCAAGGAGCACCCUGUUGUAAUCUAUAUGAAGGGUUAUCCUGAUGCUCCUAGGUGUGGAUUCAGUGCAUUAGCAGUCAAGGUCCUCCAGCAGUAUGGUGUUCCGAUCAGCGCUAGAGAUAUUCUGUCAGAUCUCAAGCUCAAAGAGACUGUUAAAGCAUACAGUAACUGGCCUACGUUCCCACAAAUAUUUAUCAAAGGAGAGUUCGUUGGUGGAUCUGAUAUCAUACUCAGCAUGCACCAGAAGGGUGAACUGAAGGAACUGCUUGGCGACAUUGCACAAAAAGGCGAACAAAAUGAUUCCUCAUGAAACAAGUCAUAGUAUCCAUUGCAUAGCAAAGACUGGAUGUCUUUCUCAGACGAUUUUGGGUGACCUUGCAAUGUCAGUGGCUUUGGAUAUGAAUUUUUGGUUCUGAUCGUGCCAAUUAUGAUGAAGACCCCUCCGGGACUCAAAACAGGAGUAACCAAAGUUAUCUUGCUUGAUAAAUAAAUGCUACUGCACGACACCGUUCUUUGAUGCAUCUUGCUGACUACCUUAGUUUGAGCUUGAUAAUGCAUGGGCACUAAGUUUCUUUUCAUUUGAAGUGGAUGCUCUUCGAAAUGUAUAAUUAAUCUUUGAUGCUUAUACGCACCAAGGUUGCAUUGCAUUCUUUACUACCA